UUCACCAUCUCUCAAAUGCUCGAGCAGUCUUGCAUUUUAUUUUCCCUUUUUUUUCCCCACACUUUUUUUUAAACCCAUUUGAUAAAAAUGCACUGGGUUCUUCCAGUGUUGCUUGCCGUUAUCGGAGUUACUGCACUGCUCGUUGUAACUCCGGUAAGUGGGUACCGUCCAUGGCCGUACUUAAAACCCAACAGCUCCAACUUAAUGUUCGGAGGCUCUAAGAAAUUUGAGGGCUCAUCGGAGUUUAUCCAUAUGAGAUAUCAUAUGGGUCCAGUCCUUACUGCUAAUAUCACCAUCCACCCAAUCUGGUACGGCCGGUGGCAGAAAUCCCAGAAGAAAAUCAUCCGUGAGUUCAUCAACUCGAUCUCCGCCGUUGAUUCCAAACACCCUUCGGUGGCUGGGUGGUGGAAGACCGUACAGCUUUACACCGACCAAACGGGAGCCAACAUUUCCCGUUCGGUGCUAUUAGGUGAAGAGAAAAACGAUCGUUUUUACUCCCACGGGAAAUCCCUCACGCGCUUAUCGAUACAGUCCGUUAUCAAAAGCGCUGUAACAUCCCGUACGAAACCGUUACCGAUCAAUCCCAAAAGCGGGUUGUACCUCUUGCUCACCUCCGACGAUGUGUACGUCGAAGAUUUUUGCGGCCAAGUUUGUGGGUUCCAUUACUUCACGUUCCCGUCAAUCGUGGGGUACACGCUCCCGUAUGCAUGGGUGGGUAACUCCGCGAAGCUUUGCCCAGGAGUAUGCGCUUACCCUUUCGCCGUACCUCAAUACAUGCCGGGGUUGAAGCCGUUAAAGUCACCCAACAGUGACGUUGGAGUUGACGGGAUGAUAAGUGUGAUCGGACACGAAGUCGCCGAAUUAGCAACCAACCCACUGGUUAACGCUUGGUACGCCGGUCAAGACCCGGUGGCUCCGGUGGAAAUUGCGGAUUUAUGUGAGGGUAUAUAUGGAACUGGAGGUGGUGGGUCUUAUACAGGACAGUUAUUGAAUGAUAAAGAUGGUGCCACGUAUAAUAUGAAUGGGAUCAGACGGAGGUACUUGGUUCAGUGGGUUUGGAACCAUAUUGUGAGUUAUUGUACUGGGCCUAAUGCUCUUGAUCAGUAAUUUUUAUUUUCAUUUUGUUUAAUUUUUUUGAAACUUGUGAUUUUGUCUUGGCAUUUUGUCUUUGUCUCUUUUUUCUUUUUUCAGGUUUUUUUGGCCUUUGUGGGUUUUGGUCGGGUGGGUGUUGAUGCAUGAUUAGUUAAGGUAGUUAAGUUUGUUAAAUAUGUGUACUUCUGUAGUAAUAAGCUUUGAUUCCUAAUAUACUAUUUUCGUAUACCGAUAGUUUAGUUA